AUUUUGUUAUAGAUAUUUGUUUAUUCAACUGAGCUAUCUGAAUUAAUCCAAUUUAGUCUUAUGGUUCGACUAAUAACUCGGUAGUUUGACUAAUAAAUAAAUAAUUCAAUAUUCUAAUCAGUUUAAAGACCGGUUUAGUUUUUAAAACAUUGUUCUAGUUUUCCAUGUGUUUGGAGUCAAAAAAAAUUUAAAAAAUUAUUAUUAUUAUUGUAAUUUUGAUUUUUUUUAUAAAAAAGAUGUAUUAAGGUAGAUAGCAUUUGGAACUUGUAAGGGUGACCUCUGCCUACUUAUCAUGUUAAAUAUGCCACUCGGAUUCUAUUUUGGUGUAAACAGUGAACACCACACAAGUUUAUGGCUAACAUGGUUCAUCCAUCAAACAAUAAAAUGAUAAUUUUCCCUACACAAAUCAUUAUAAUUAAUUAUGGAUGAAGAUAAUUUGCCCCUAAAACUAGCCACACCAAAAUAUUGAUGUCCUAUAAAUCCUUGUACUUUGUUCGGCAACUCGUGCUUUACGCCAUGCCACAAACGACACAAUCUUUGAAAUUUCCUCAAGUGAAUGAAAACAAACAAAGCGGGGUCCAUAAAAUUCCAAAUAUUAAUAAUUCAUUAAUAUAAUUAAACACAUAUCCAAAUAUAGAAAACCAAAUAAAAAUAAUUAACUAUAUUUAUUGUGUGGAACAAGAAUAUAGCACACGUUACAACAAAAAAUCAUUUAAUUAAAAAUCUUUUAUGUCAAUUAAGCUCACAGAACUAGAGAUUCUCAUAUCUCAAUCCUUUCUUUUUAACUUUUUCUUCACUUUAGAUAAGAAUAAUUUCUCUCCCUACAAAUCCUUUUCCUUCAAUUUGUCUUCUAAGAGUUGCACCCUUCAGCCUGCAAUUUGUUUUUGCCACUAACUUCACCUCAACUAGGCAAAACCGAUAUUGAUAGGUUGAACAUCAGCCUUAAAUUCAGAUUUUAAAUCCCGACACUCAUUACCGUAUACAUAUAUGAGUUUUUAGUGGUUACGAUUGUUCGUCUAAUAAAAUAAAAAUUUAUCUCCUUAUUACUUCUGAGUCGAUCUAAAGGUCAAAACCGAUAUUAUUAGGUUGGGAUUUAGCGAUUGAAAAUUAAUAUUAGAAUUUCUAUUCUAACUCUCACGUAUUAUUAGGUUGGACGUCAACAUCAAAAUUUUUGUUCUGAACUCAUUCAUCUGACUCCAGCGCAAUCAAAAUUUUUGUUCUGAACUCAUUCAUCUGACUCCAGCGCAGUAGUGUGUUUGAGUUUUUAGUUGUAUGAUCACAAAUAAAAUAAGUAUUUCAUUUCAUUAUUACUUUUUCCAAUAAUUUUAACUUUUUCAUAUCCAAGAGAAGAAUAAACAUAAAGCAUAUAUUAUUCUCUUGUGAAUUGAAUAGUUUCCACUCUAAAAAGCCACUUUACUUUGUUUCUUCACCAUAUUGUUGCAAGAAAGUAUUGUUAAACUUCAUGGCACCUUCUUCUUCUUUUCCUCUUCGUUGGGAAAGCACAGGGGAUCAAUGGUGGUAUGCAACACCUAUUGAUUUAGCAGCUGCAAAUGGUCUCUAUGACUUAGUCCUUGAGCUUCUUCAUCUGGAUACAAAUCUUCUCAUCAAACUCACUUCUCUUCGUCGAAUUCGCCGACUCGAGACCGUGUGGGACGAUGAAGCUCAGUUUGAAGAUGUUGCCAAGUGCAGGUCUUAUGUUGCAAGGAAGCUUAUGGUUGAGUGUGAGAAAACAGGGAGAGGAGAUAAUUCUCUGGUUAAUUGUGGCUAUGGUGGUUGGCUUUUGUACACUGCUACUUCUGCUGGUGAUUUGGAGUUUGUUCGUGAGUUGUUGAGAAGAGACUCUUUGUUGGUUUUUGGUGAAGGAGAGUAUGGUGUUACUGAUAUGUUUUAUGCUGCAGCUAGGAGUGGGAGUUCUGAGGUGUUUAACAUGAUUCUUGAUUUUGCACUACUAGGGAAAGAUUGUGGUGGUGUUGAAUUGGAUGAAGGUGGUGGUGAUGGUGGUGGUGGAGUUUUCAAGAGGGAGAUAGUGAAUAGGGCUAUUCAUGCUGCUGCUAGAGGAGGAAACUGGGAAAUACUGAAGAAGGAGCUUAUUUUAGGAAGUGCUUUUCAGAUUUUAGCUUAUAGAGAUGCUCAAGGAUGUACUGUCUUGCAUUCAGCUGCUGGAAGAGGCCAGGUUGAGGUGGUAAGAAAUCUAAUUGUAUUAUCACCUGAUAUCAUCAACUCAACUGAUUCACAAGGCAAUACAGCAUUACAUGUAGCUUCUUACAGAGGUUACCUUCCUGUGGUAGAGAUUCUGAUUCAAGCAUCUCCCUCAUUAACAAAGUUAACCAAUCAAAAUGGAGACACUUUUCUUCACAUGGCAGUGUAUGGUUUCACAAGUACCGAUUUCUGCAAACUAGACAAACACACCAAACUCAUGAAUCAGUUACUAUCAACCGAAAAGGUUUCGAACAUGAAGGACGUAAUCAAUGUCAAGAACAACGUUGGAAGAACAGCGAUUCACGUAGCUGUGAUCCAUGAUGUUCAGUGUGAUGUAGUGGAAUCAAUGAUGUCUGUUGCGUCGAUCAAUCUUAAUAUUCGCGACGCGAAUGGAAUGACCCCUUUGGAUUAUUUGAAACAAAGACCGAGAUCGAAAUCUUCUGAAGUUUUAAUCAAACAGUUGAUUUCGGCCGGGGGAAUCUCUAAUUGUAAGGAUUAUAUUACAAGAAACGCGAUAGUGACUCAUUUGAAAACUCGUCAUGGUAUUCAAGGUAGUCCUGGAACAUCCUUUAGAAUAUCAGAUUCUAAAAUAUACUUAUACGCAUGCACUGAGAACGAGAAUUCUUCUGAUAUCGCUAAUACCGAUCAAGCAAGUGUAGAAUCAAAUGCAUACUCAAUCGAAAUAGAGGAUUAUUACGAGUCAGCUGCAGAUUCGUCGUUUAACAGCAAGACUAGUUCUUCCGAUUCUGUUGCAAAACGGUUGAAGAAUCUUCUCAAGUUCAAGGAAUUCAAAGACGACGAUUCUGUUAACAAUUCUCCUAGUUCGAGGAAAAACAAUUCAGAAGAGUUUCCAAUCUCGUUAAGACAAAGAUACUCGAAACAGUGCUCUCUUCCAAACAACAAAAGAACACUUUCUAUAAGGACAUUAUUUCCAUCUCCGUCUGCAAAAAAAUACUUCACCGCAGGCCUAACGCAAGGAGUAAUCAAGGUAAAGCCACAAAAAGAAGGGUCAAUUUUAUCUCAUUCUUCAAGCAAUAAGCAAGAACAUGUCGAUACAAUGGGUCCGGCUUCUUAUUCCAGCGGACAAAUAGCCGAUGGGGGUACCAGCACCCUACAGUUGAACUAUAAUAAGGAGAGAAACUUUAAUAAGAAAUUGAUGAACAGAUAUUUUUCUUUUGGAGCACAAGGUCAGAAUUUGGAAGAUGCUAAUAGUCGUACAAUGUCAAAGCACAGUUCUAAGCGUUUCGGUUUAGUUGCAUAAAUGUUACUAUCUGUGUAUGAGCUUACUAUUUUGUGAACUCCAGUUCGGGUGAAUCCGAGCUUCAAUUCUGGUUGUAACAAUCUUUAGCCAGAUUUUACUUACUUUCGACUUGUUUAGAAGCACUUUAUCAAUGUAAAUUGGACCUAAGGAAACCUGAGUUACUAGACUCAGUAUAGAACUUCAAAUGUGCAGUACCAUAAACCUCAAUACUAUAUAUGUGGGAAUUAAUAA